CGGUUUCCGAGCAGCUUCUAGGCGGCAUUUAGCCGCGUUUCUUGUUGUGUGGUAACUUUAAAGUAUUUUAACCCGAGCGAUAGAUGUGUUUAAUCAUUCUGGUUUUCCUUUUCGAGCUAAAAUAAAAGCGCGCGUCUUGUUUAGAAGUGUUAAAUGCGCAGACGCAGCUCUGUUUUCAUCCGCUGAGGCGUUUGUGGUCGUCAGGAUAUUUCGCUUUUGUGCUGCUGAGGGAAAACCCGAAGCCGUUUCUGGAAUCCUCGCGGAUGCAACAACAACAUGCCCCUCCGGCGUUUCGGGGCUCACAGGUCUUUGGUGUCUUCCUCUCAACCCAAACAACUGUCCUACGGCUUCACCAAGAUGAACACGUCCAGGAGCGGAUACCGCGUGUUCUCUGCUAACUCCACACCCGCGUGCACCGAGCUGGCCAAGAGGAUCACCGAACGUCUCGGCGUGGAGUUGGGAAAAUCUGUGGUUUUCCAAGAGACCAACUCAGAAACCAAAGUCGACCUGAAGGAAUCCGUCCGCGGACAGGACGUCUUCAUCAUUCAGACCAUUCCACGAGAUGUGAACACGGCCAUCAUGGAGCUGCUGGUGAUGACGUACGCGCUGAAGUCGGCCUGUGCCAGGAACAUCAUCGGGGUCGUCCCGUACUUCCCCUACAGCAAACAGUGCAAGCUGAGGAAGAGGGGCUCUGUCGUCUGCAAGCUGCUAGCAUCCAUGCUAGCUAAAGCGGGAGCAUCUCAUGUCAUCACCAUGGACCUCCAUCAGAAGGAAAUCCAGGGCUUCUUCAGCUUCCCAGUGGACAACCUGCGAGCUUCCCCGUUCCUCAUCCAGUACAUCCAGGAGGAGAUCCCAGACUACAGGAAUGCCGUCAUCGUUGCUAAAUCUCCUUCGGCUGCUAAAAGAGCUCAGUCUUUCGCCGAGAGGCUGCGGCUUGGACUGGCUGUGAUGCACGGUGAGGCCCACCAGUCCGAGUCAGACAUGACGGACGGUCGUAACUCCCCCCCCUCGACCCGGACCACCGCAGGACACAGGGGUCUGGAGCUGCCAUUGAUGAUGGCCAAAGAGAAACCCCCCAUCAGCGUGGUUGGAGACGUUGGAGGCAGAAUCGCCAUCGUCGUCGACGACAUCAUCGAUGACGUGGAGGACUUUGUUGCCGCGGCAGAAACCUUGAAGGAGCGAGGAGCCUACAAGAUCUACAUCAUGGCCACGCACGGACUGCUGUCGGCCGAGGCGCCGCGGCUCAUCGAGGAGUCCGCCAUCGAUGAGGUGGUGGUGACCAACACGGUUCCUCACGAGGUGCAGAAGCUGCAGUGUCCCAAGAUCAAAACGGUGGACGUCAGCAUGAUUCUGGCCGAGGCGAUCCGCCGCAUCCACAACGGAGAGUCCAUGUCUUACCUGUUCCGCAACAUCACGGUGGACGACUGAGGCGGACGCCGGUUACACAACAAACGCACGGCGGAGCUCUGUUACAGCAUCUGGGUGAUCCAUCUCUGAUGUCAACCAGACACACAUACUCAUGUACAGCAUCGUGUCGUCUGCAAAUAAAGCUGCUUUUUUAGGAAUUUA